AUGGAUACAGAGAUAGUUGUUAAUGCAGGACAAAGCAAGUCAUCUCUAGUUACUAUCAUCGCCAUUGUUGUACCAAUUGCUGGUUCUGUCGUGCUUUUCUCCAUUGGCUUUUAUGAAUAUGUGCCCAACAGCAGCCUUGAUUACUUUUUAUUCGACACAAAAAGGCAAAGACAACUGGAUUGGUUAACCCGUUACAAGAUUAUAAGAAGGAUUGCUCGAGGCCUUCUUUAUCUUCACGAAUAUUCUCGGCUUGGAAUUAUACAUUGCGAUCUUAAAGCUAGUAAUGUCUUAUUAGACGGCAAUAUGAAUCCAAAGAUUUCAGAUUUUGGCAUGACAAAGAUAUUUGUAAUGGAUCAAAUCCAAGAAAACACAAGUAGAAUCGUUGGAACAUAUGUUUACAUGUUUCCAGAGUAUGCAAUGCAUGGACGAUUCUCUAUGAAGUCCGAUGUUUUUAGCUUUGGUGUCCUACUUCUAGAGAUUAUCAGUGGUAAAAUGAACAAUUGUUUCUACCAAUCAAAACAUGAUGAGGACCUCUUAAGCUUUGUGAGUAUGGAUCAGAUUAUUUCAAUUUUGCUUUAUUUUGUGAAAGCCAAUGAGGAUCCAGCCAGCCGACCAACAAUGGCAACAGUUGUUCUCGUGCUCGACAGUCACUUUGUUAGCCUACAGUUGCCGCAGCAGCCGGCAUUUUUGUUUUGGAGAAGAGCAAAGAGGAACAUGAAAACAAAGGAAGCGGCGCAUGAUGAUUCUACUACCCAAUCAAUUCCAUAUUCGGUGGAUCACUCAAAUACACCCUCGAUAGUGUGA